CGAAUCAAUUUGGUCCAAUUUAACCGGACCGGACCGUAUAGCCACCCCUACUGGCUACCCUCUAGAUAUGUUUCUCCCUCUUGCUCGCCGUUGUGUGAUCCAGCAGAUUGCUGCGCCACGCCAUCGUGCGUCAAUCCUGGAUUUGACUGUAUCCUUGAAAUCCUUCCCGUGGAUCUUAUCUUUUGUAGGGGUUUUAAACGAGUGGCGGUCCGGGCUCCUACGGCGACUCCCACCGGUGGACGGCGAGUCUUUCCGGCUUUGUUACUGCGUUGCAGUUUCUUUUUGGUGCAGUUACAACCCUUGGCAGGCACGUUUUCAAUUCCCAAAUCUUUUAUUUCUUUAUUUAUUUUCUUAUUUUUAAUGGUCAGCAAAAAAUGUUAUGGAACCUUAAUCGUGGCUACUCUGCUGUAUGUUUUGGGGUGAAUCCUAAUUGGUCAUACGAUGAGCAAUGGAGAAUGAUGCCGAUCAUGAUCGAGGUGGAGCAAUGCUUGAAGAAAUGCAAAUGUUGAAUACCUCUUUUGCAUUUGUUUCUUUUGUUUUUACUCUUAAUAGUACUAACAUGGGUGCCCAUCGCGUGGCACAAACGACCCUUGCAUCAGUAGCAACUAGCAACCCUUUUGGUUGAUUGCCGCCCUUUCAUUUUUCACCGCACUAUAAUACCCUAUCUAUUACGAUCUAUCUAUGACAAAAAAAAAAAUUACGUAUUAAGGUAAUUUGAUAUAAAGAUGAUAGAGAUUGAAAUAUGAGCAGAUGGCAGGCGACUAGCCUAAUUGUCUGAAGUGUUUAUUGUGAAUUUGUGGUGACUCUUAGAUCUGCGGUUCGAAUCUCCAGACCUAGUGUUUAUUUUUCGUUAUUUUAAAAUGGCGUCGUUUGGAGGGACGGUGGCAGGGACUAUAGGCUAAAAUCACGAAACCCUAAAUCAUUCAACUAAAGCGCCGCUCAGACCCGUUCUCUCUUUCUCUUGUCGGAAACCGUUCGACGAUAAGGGCGACGGUGGAGGGUUGGCCGCCGGUCGUUCUUCCUUCGAACUUUCUUCUAUUUCUCCUACCUCGUAUUCCUAAUGAACGACAAACCCACGAAGAAAAUCGACUUCCUCCUCUCUAUCGAUUCUUAUCUCUCCCUCUACUAUUUCUCUUCUCCUAUCUUUCUAAACGCAGAUGGACGGCGACGAUUGACCAGAUGGUUGCCGGCGGUGAGAUCGACGAAGGUAAGAUUUUCAUUUCGGUUGCAUGUCCGACUUUUUGGGGUUCUUUGUGGUUCUGAUUGUUUUUGUUUUUGUUUUGCUUUAUGGGUUUUGAUGGAGGUGAGAGGGAGGAAGAAUGAGACUCGCCGGCAGUGAGGAUGGAAGCAGUCGCCGGCGGUGAUAAUGAGGACGACGAUGGUGAGUUAUUUUAUGGGGGUUUGAUCACGGAUGAGGGAGAGAGGCCGCGGGAAAGAAAGGGAGAAGAGGGUCGCAUUUUCUGGGUCCCAUCGAGGGAAAAGAAACGGAAGGAGAUGGGUUCUGCCGGCGACGUGGGGGACAUGACAAUGCGGCGGAGAUGGCAUACGACCAUUAUUGGAAAGGGAAGUUUAGGGGAGAAGAAGAAGAUGAAGAAGAAGUGGGGAAGUGGCUCUCUCCCCUGUUUCUGCCUACUGCCUCUGGCGAGGAGGAAGAAGAAAUCCCUCCUUUCCUGACUUCUCCGAGAGGUAUGAGGAUAGUGAUCAGUACCAGCUGGCGGCGGAGGUGCUGAAGUAGAGGGUGGGGAGGAAGGUGUUCAACGAGAACCGACACCCGGUGUACAGGGGCGUGAGGCAGAGGAACGGCGACAACUGGGUUUGCGCGGGAAGUCUGGCUGUCUCAAUUUCGCCGACUCUGCCUGGCGGCUCCCCGUCCCUGCUUCCACAGACUCCAAGUAAGUCAGGAAAGCUUCCGCCGAUGCAGCGGCGAUGUUCCGCCCCGCGGAGGCAGAGGGUACUAUUGUUUUGAGUGAAGUGACUGGCGAAAAUGAUUGUUCGGUGGUAGUAGUAGUGGCGGAAAUUACAAUUAUGAUUAUAAUUGUAAUUAUGAUUAUAAUUGUAAUUAUGAUGGUAGUUAUGGCAAUGGGAGCAAUUACGUGGACUAAUAGCAGUGCUGCAGAUGCCGGAAGGGCUGCUGCUGCCUCCGCCGCCGAGCUACGGAAUGCAGAGUCAUGACUAUCAGUGGAUCUAGGGGAGAGUUCCGAUUCUCACCAGGAUUGGUCGUUGUGGAAUUAGUUGUUGCGGUUGGAUUGGACAAUUUUGCUACCAAGUUGUAGAAAGUGCUUUGCUUAGUUUGUCUUACGUGUUCCUUGAACUAGGGAGGGAAAGCAGCGAUCAUGUAGUAUUUUUUGCUCUUUUAUUUUUGGGUUUUACUUACUGCACUUUUACAAUUGUGCGAGCAGGGUUGGUUGUGUAAUGCUCUGCCUUAGUUGAAGAAACAGAGUUGUUCCUCGAUCUGUUCGUUCCACUUUCAAAGAGACCGAAGCAUUUGGCAGAAAGGUCUUCAAAGAGACCCUAAAUACACAUAAAACUAAAGUAAAUUCCUAAACUACCACACUUUUAAAAAAAUUUCCCAAAAUACCUAAGUUUGGAGUGGUUCGAGUUUGAGAAACUCAAACUACUAACCGGUUCGAGUGUAGGAGACUCGAUCUACUCAUAGAUCGAUGAUAUAAGCCUCGAACCAUGUGGGGUUGAAGUGGUUCGAGUUCACUACUCAUAGAUCAAUGAUAUAAGCCUCGAACCAUGUGGGGUUGAAGUGGUUCGAGUUCAGUGAACUCGAACCACUCCUUUGAAAUUUCCAACCACUUUAACUUUGUGCUCGGUUAUCCGAUUGUAGCAAACUUUUUUUUCAUUUCGCAUAACUUUUCGAGGACUACAACUUUUAUAAUAGAAAUAUUUUCAGAAUAUAUGUGAAAAUGUGAAAAUUAAAGUUAAAGUUACUCCCAAAACCCCUUAUAUUAAAAACUAUUCCUAUUUUGAAAAUUUAUUCCUAGUAAAUGUUGUAGUACUCAAAAAGUUAUGCAAAAUAAAAAAAAAACUUUGCGACGUUUGGAUUGCGGAGCACAAAGUUAUGAUCCUACAAAGUUUGACAAAUUCGAAAAUUUGCUCGUUUAUGGGUAGCAAAUGACGUUUACAAGGAAGAUAGCCAUCCAAAAAUUUCUCGUUUGGAAAACUAUUGCUCUUUUGCAGAAAUUUCCUAUAUAUAAAAAAAUUUUGUGUGCCUUCGCUCCGAGAAAAUGUCAUUUGUAACCCCUAAACGAGCAAUUUUUUGAUUUUACCAAACUUUUAGAGGAUCAUAACUUUGUGCUCCGCAAUCCAAACGUCGCAAAGUUUUUUUUUAUUUUGCAUAACUUUUUGAGUACUACAACAUUUACUAGGAAUAAAUUUUCAAAAUAGGA